GUCAACCAUAUAAAGGCUGUGACAAACACUGAGGUUAAGUUAAAUCUGAAGGUGAAGUGAUAUUGGACUGAGGCAGCUUCCAUCUCAAGGCAGCUACAGACAUACAAUUCGGAGAAGCUUUACGCAGAAGAGACUAAAGAUGCUCCUGAUCAUCCUGAUACAACUCCUGAUCGUCGCAUCAGCAAAUGCCCAGGCAACCACCACCACUGUGGCAGCUACAACCGCCACCACUGUGGCAGCUACAACCGCCACCACUGUAGCAGCUACAACCGCCACCACUGUGGCAGCUACAACCACCCCUGUAGCAUCUACAACCGCCACCACUGUAGCAGCUACAACCGCCACCACUGUAGCAGCUACAACCGCCACCACUGUGGCAGCUACAACCGCCACCACUGUGGCAGCUACAACCACCCCUGUAGCAUCUACAACCGCCACCACUGUAGCAGCUACGCCGCCACCACUGUGGCAGCUACACCACCCCUGUGGCAGCUACAACCACCCCUGUAGCAUCUACAACCGCCACCACUGUAGCAGCUACAACCGCCACCACUGUAGCAGCUACAACCGCUGGUGCCACCACGACGGCUGCAGCCACAACGACUGCCACUAACACUGCUGCACAUGCUGGGAUCGUAUCCGUGAGCAGUCUGGUGUUCUGUCACUUCAGUGUUGUUGUCUUCAUGUCCCUCUGUACAGUGUGACUUGGUUGUAAUGUCUUUUUUUAAACACAUUUAUCAGUACUUACAAAGUAUGUAAUUUAUAUUUAGAUACACAGAAUAAGCACUGGUGUUGAUAGGAUUAACAAUCCAUAUGAUACAAAGUGUUAAAAAUAAGUUUGUGCCUAUUUAUUGUCACUGUCAAAGUAAAGUUACUGAUAACUUAUAAAUCCAUAACUGAUAUUUUAAAGAUUGACUGUUAAAAUGAUGUUUAACAAGCUAAACUGAUAUCAGUGUUUUCUAUUGUUGAAGCAGUGUUUCAGUAAACUUUUCAACUGUUGUUGAGGCCUACAUUGAGGCCAGAAUUUGGACAGAUUAGGAAUGAAGUCCUGAUCAUUUA